GUGCCGCACCACCUUUCCCCCGCUGCCAGUACUCCUGCCUGCUCUCCCCCUCGCGUCCCCCGACGCAGCUCGGCACUACUUCACCUCCUAGUCUCCACUCCUCCGUCUCUAGUAGCCAUUGCGGCGGCUCAAGGUCAAGGGGAUUUCUCGGUUCUCGCUGCCUUCUCGGCCUUCUGGGGGGCGGCAUUUUCGGUCCAGACCGCCGUUCACGGAGCUGUGUCCUUGCGCCGAGGGCGGCGCUCUCCGCCGGAGGCGAUGAGGGCCGGCCAUGUCUGCUCCGUCCUCGCAUCGCUCAUGCUGCUGUGGCUGGGCGUCGCCGCCGCGCAGGAGGCCUCUUCUUGGAAGACAUUGAGCGGCAAUGCGCCAGCAAUUGUAGCAAAGGGUGGAUUUUCGGGAGUGUUCCCUGAUUCAAGCGAAGAUGCUUAUGGAUUUGUGCAGUAUGCUAGCUCGCCCGCUACAAUACUAUACUGCGAUGUGAGGCUGACCAAGGAUAAGUUUGGCAUUUGCCUGCCGGACAUAAAGAUGGACAACUGCACAGAUAUUGCAGAUAUCUAUCCACAGGGUCAGAAGACCUACCUUGUCAAUGGUGUGCCUACCUCAGGAUGGUUCUCCGUCGACUACAAUCUCACUGAGCUUGGACAAGUCCCUCUCAUGAGGUCAAUCAGUUCUCGAACGCCCAGAUUUGAUUCAAAUUUCAAUGCAAUACUUGCUGUUGAAGAUGUGCAGUCCAAAUUCAAACCUCCUGGAAUUUGGCUUAAUGUUCAGCAUGACAGGUUCUACAACCAGUUCAAUCUAAGUAUGAGGAAUUAUAUCAUUUCUGUAUCUAAGCGUGUUGUUGUCAAUUAUAUCUCGUCACCUGAAGUGACCUUCCUCUCAAGCCUACAUGGAAGAGUUAGCAACAAGACGAAACUUGUGUUCCGCUUUCUUGAUGAGAGCACUCUUGAACCAUCUAUGAACAAGACUUAUGCUUCCAUCUUGAAGAACCUUACAUUUGUCAAGACAUUUGCAUCCGGGAUACUGGUCCCAAAGAGCUAUAUUUGGCCUACUUCAUCAGAUAAUUAUCUACAACUGUAUACUUCAGUUGUCGAUGAUGCUCAUAAAGCUGGGUUAGAAAUUUAUGCUGCUGAUUUUGCAAAUGACUUUAUGCUCAGUUACAACCAUAGUUACGAUCCCUUAGCAGAAUAUCUUUCAUUCAUCGAUAAUGGUGUGUUCUCUGUUGAUGGCGUACUGUCUGAUUUCCCUGUUACACCAUCAGAAGCAAUUGGGUGUUUUGCCAAUUUGAACAAAAGCAACACAGAUCAUGUUUCUCACUUUUGGAAUGUAGGAAAGCCUCUUAUUAUUUCCCACAACGGUGCUAGUGGGGACUACCCUGGGUGCACUGAUCUAGCUUAUCAAAAAGCAGUUGACGAUGGCGCAGAUGUCAUUGACUGCCCUGUUCAAGUGACCAAAGAUGGCGUGCUAGUAUGCAUGAGUUCUGUUAACCUAAUGGAUGGUACUACUGUAGCAAGAUCACAGUUUGCCUCUCAGACAGCAGUGAUAAAAGAUAUUCAGAAUGUGCGAGGAGUCUUUACGUUCAACCUCACAUGGGAUGACAUUGUAAAGAAUCUGAGACCCAAAAUAUCUACCCCAUUUACCACCUACAGACUUGAUAGAAAUCCGAGAUACAGGAAUGCAGGAAAUUUCAUGAGACUAUCAGACUUUUUGGACUUCACAAAAGAUAAGGAUUUAUCAGGAAUCAUGAUCAGUAUAGAGCAUGCUGCUUUCGUGGUAGAGGAACUUGGAUUUGACAUGGUAGAUACAGUUAUCAAAACCCUUGGCGAUGCUGGUUACAACAAUCAAACUGCCCAGAAAGUUAUGAUUCAGUCGACGAAUAGUUCAGUUCUGGAGAAGUUCAAGCAGCAAACGAAGUACGAUCUUGUGUACAUGAUCAACGAAGAAGUCAGGGAUGCUGCACCUUCCUCCCUCACGGACAUAAAAAAGUUCGCCAGUGCCGUCUCUGUUGAUACUGGCUCUGUUUUCCCUGAAUCCCACCAUUUCACAAUGUACAAGACCAAUCUUGUCCAGACACUGCAGAACGCGGGUCUCUCAGUCUAUGUUUACACGCUCAUGAAUGAGUUUGCGUCUCAAGCAUACGAUUUCUUCUCAGAUCCAACAGUGCAAAUCAAUUGGUAUGUUACAGCCGCGGGAGUGGACGGCCUGAUCACUGAGUUCCCUGCCACAGCUAGAAGAUACAAGUUGAACAAUUGCAUUAACAUGGGGAACAGCACGCCGGUUUUCAUGGACCCUGCUCGUGCUGGCGAUCUCAUGCUAACCAUCGUCAAAUCUGCGCGGCCACCAGCAUUGGCUCCCAUGCCGCUCCUGACAGACUCGGACGUGGCAGAGCCGCCCCUGCCUCCUGCCAAAUCAAACAGCAACACACCGCCGACACACUCGGGCGCAACCAGGAUGCAUGUUCAUGCUUCUCAUAUCCUGGUCCUUGUCAUACUGCCAAUGCUUUUUGCUUGGUGUUCCCUGGUCUGAGCUUGCGAUGCAAGUCAUGUUCGUCGUUCGAGCUGGACACCCCACCGAUCUAGUACUAAUCAAAUAUUCUUCACCACCUGUAGCAGAUUAGGUUCAGAAAUCGGAAUCGUUUCAGUACAUAUAUAUGUGUGAUGGGUAAUAAAUAUAUUAUCCAUUUCUUCUCAAGGUUCUGAGCAAUGGUGUAGUGUAAGCCACUCAGAUGGCAUAGUUCUUUAGUUUACAAUCUGAGCCUAUGAGCCAUGACUGUUCUGUUCUGAAAGGCUGAAA